AUGGCCCCUGUGAGGAGAGUAACUAACGACCGUGAAUCGCGCCGCUCGUGCGAUCACUGUCGCCAUAAAAAAAUCAAGUGCGGACGCACGCUACCCGCGUGCUUACAGUGUCUCACCUACAACAUCCAGUGCACAUAUGGCGAGGGCCGCAAGGACUUUGAGGCGUUACAGAGUAGCACUCCCGCUGCUUCCGCCGGAACGGGCGACUCGGCACUGCUCAGCAAACUCAACCGCCUCGAGUUUCUCAUGGAGAAGAUCAUCUGCGAGCCCGACGAGGACUACUCAUCUGUCAACACCAACUCGUUCCGCGCCACGCUCAUCGAGGAUAAGUACGGCCAGGGUCAUCUCAUUGGCGAGCCCUCGGUUAUGGCUGUGUCGCUCCAGACGCAGCAGUUCUUGCCUGAGGAGCAUAGCACCGGCGAAAACGGCGAGACACCUAAAACGGUGAUCCAGGGCUUCUUUGCCGGCAUCAAAACGUCGUGUCCACUGGAACACAUCCGGCCACUGCUGCCAGCUAAGGAAGACGCUCAUCGGUACGUGGACCAGUUCUUUUCGACCACGUGCUGGCCGUUGAUGGACAAGGAGGAGCUAUUGGUGGCCAUGGAAGAGCUGUACGACGAGAACACGGCGCACGUGUCACGCGAAAAGAUUUGUGCGUUUUUGCUGGUCAUGGGGUUUGGAUUUGAUGGUAUCAGCAGGCUCCAGGGCCGUACCGCGACCUGGUCGACCAAGAUUUACAACGCGGCCUUCUCGCUACUGAGUAACACGACCACCCUGCCUUCCAACCGCAUGUGCAUCGCCGCCCUGCUGCUCAUGUCGUUUCAGUUCCAGUCCUCCGGCAAUUUCACCCAGUCCUAUUCUCUCAUGGGCAAUGCUACGCGGAUGGCUCAGGGGAUUGGGUUGCAUCUAGACGUGGGCGACACACCGCAUCGGCUCGAAAUCAACCGGUGUCUAUUCUGGUGCGUCUACCAGCAGGACACGUACCAGUCGGUCGCCAUGGGCCGUCCGCCGUGUCUGGACGACUCGGACUGCAUGACCGAGCUGCCGUACCAGCGUGUGUACUCGGAUUCGGUCGUAUUUUUCCGUUGCGGUAUUCGGCUGAGCCGGUGCCUGAAAAAGAUUUACAAGAAUCUCUACGGCGUGGCUGGGGCCCGAAAAAGCGCGAUUCAAAAGCGGACCUUCAUUGCCCAGAUGCAGCAGGAGCUGGACCAGGUGUGGUUCGAAGUUCCAUCCCGGUACCGGCCUCCCACGCUUGCUGAAAAGCAGAAUCUGGACAACCUCCGAUCCAAGGGCAAUAUCAACGCUGGAGCUGAGCUGCAUUCGCUCUAUUACAACUGUCUCUGCAUGAUUUACAGCGAAGGAGUUGGUUUCGGCAGCAUUCCUAGCGCCAAUAAUGCUGCUGGCAGCCCGUCGUCAUCGUCGGACGUGAACUCGAGCUCCAACUACGACAAGUGUCUGGAUGCGGCUCGAAAGUACCUGUCGCUGAUGGGCUACCUGACUUCGGGCAUCUCGUCCAUGGCUGAGUCACUCAGUACAUUAUUCCUCAUGAUUGCGUACCCCAUGGUUCCGUAUUUUGUCAUUUUCAUGCAUUUGCGGGCGUUUCCGUCUGAGUCGACGGCUGGCAGCGAUAUGCAGCUUCUGGAGACGCUUGAUUCCUUUGUCAAGAGUCUCAAGGACAUGAGUGAUGGCGCUCGGCGGCUGUACUCGCUCAUCCACCAGUGCGUUGUUGCUGCUCGACACUACACUUCCACUGUCAAGGAGCAAGUGAGUGCAGAUCGGUUCAGUCAGAUUAUGCCCAUUACGCCAUACAUGAGCGGAUAUCCUAUGGGUGUUGGGGGCUGGGAGGAAGGUGAUGCUGCCAGUGACUAUCUGUUCAAGCGGGAUCAGAUGGGAACUGCUAGUUUUGCGUCCACGUUUGGUUUUAAUUCGUGA